AGUAGAAGACACUUGGUGAACGGUUGUACGCCGUAAAUAACGCCCCGAUUUUUUCUCUCAGCGUCAAAAGUAUUAAACAAUAUAAAAUAAUAGAAUAGACGACAAAUUGUUUGAGGGUGGUUAGCAAAAAGCUAUUGGAGAACGCUCGCAAGUGUUGGAAAAUGGUCGGUGGUGUGCUGGAGGAUGGACCAUUGAUUACCCCCGUUGAAUCAGUAUCAACGAACACCCUCGUUGGGCUAUGUGUUGCCCUAGCAGCAUUGGCAUGCGCCGCCGCGAUGACCUGGUGGUAUUGCCAACGGCGCCGAGAACACAUGAAACUGAGUAUAGACAAGUCUUUGGCAUUUAGACCACCCCAUCGUAAACCAACAGCUGUAAAGAGUCCAGGCAGUACAACCCAUUAUUUGAAAAAAAGUCCAAGUCCUACGGGUCCGGCUAAAUCACCACCAGGAUCAGGUGGCCAGACACCAUCGCCCACCGGUUCUCAGCCCUCACCGCAUUCAAAUAAUCCAUCAUCCAAUCCUCGAACUCCACCGGGAUUGUCACCAUUGCAGACACCCUCGGGCGACGUGACGAUUAGCAUUGAAAAUGAGAAAGAUAAAGCGGAAUUGGAGUCGAGUGAGAAAGUUGAACGUGGUCUGGUUAAUGGCAAUGGAUAUAGAGAUGGACUUGGACAAUUGGUAUUCAAACUUCGUUACCAGACCGAUCAGAAUGCUCUCGUUGUUACUGUCGUCAAAUGUAAGGGACUUCCGGAGAGAGGAAUGCAGAAUUCUACGAGCGAUCCUUAUGUCAAACUACAGUUACUGCCUGAUAAGCAGGACAGGGUGAAGACGAGAGUUCUUAGGAAUACUCGUGAUCCAGUUUAUGAUGAAGAUUUCACUUUCUUCGGAAUUUCCAAGACUCAACUACAGAAAAUCACACUCCACUUCGUUGUGAUGAGUUUUGACAGAUAUUCUCGAGAUGAUAUGAUCGGAGAGGUCGUUUGCGCUCUUUCGUCAGUUCAAGGUCUUGAAGACACGGAUAAUCAACAGUUGGCUCUCUGCCGAGAAAUCUGUCCCCGUAUUCUGAAGAUUCAAUCACAGGGCAGAGGAGAGCUCCUCGUCUCUCUCUGCUGGCAGCCAGCAGUAAAUCGUCUUACUGUUGUCGUUCUCAAAGCCAGAAACUUGCCGAAAAUGGAUGUAACUGGGCUUGCUGAUCCUUACGUCAAGAUUUAUCUACUUUACAACUCACAACGUAUCGCUAAGAAAAAGACUCAUAUUAAAAAACGAACACUAAGUCCAGUGUUCAAUGAGUCAUUCGUUUUCGAGAUACCAAAUGGUACAGAUGGAUUGGCGAAUGUCAGUCUUGAAUUUAUGCUGUUAGACUGGGAUCGCGUCACCAAGAAUGAGGUGAUUGGACGACUUGAGUUAGGAGGGACUAAGUGUCAGGGUUCAGCACUCACUCACUGGAACGAGGUGUGCAGUUCACCACGACGACAGAUCGCCGAUUGGCACAAAUUGCGAGAGUAACCCCAUGUCUCAAUCAAUCAAGUCCCAAACUCCCAAAUUCCUCAGGCUCCUCCACGUAAUCGCUGAUGAAUGGUAAACACUGGGCAAACUAAUUAACAUUACAUCCUUUUGACGAAUAAUGAUGGCCAUCGCGAUCAUAAAAUGAUCAUUUUUAUAAAGAAAAAAUGAAAUAAGGAUGGAUAAUUUCAGUAUUUGGGUGGAUCGAGGAAGAGAUUAAUAUUUGUUGAGUUGUCGUGUGGCCUCAUAUCUUCAUUGAUGACUUUGUCUCGGGCAAUCCGCGACAAUCUGUAUGAAAAUUCAAAAGCUCUGAUGCUUGGAAAUUUGAUGAUAUAAACGUAUAUUCUAUAAAGGUAAACGUUAAUCCUGACCAGACAGGCAAGAUGAAAAUCUUUAUUCAGCAUUGUGUUGUGUAACAGGGAUAGGUGUAAUGAUAAAAUUCUGUCAUUGAGGGUUAUUUAUUUAAUCUAUCACGUCUUCUUUGCCAAUUAAAUUUUUUUUUCGUCGCUACGAUAAGAACGAAGUGAUAAAUUGGUAUUGAGUAGAUGGUUCACACCGUCUAUGAGGUGAUUGUAAAUAUGUAAUUGAUGGUAAAACAAAAUUGGGGAGAUAUGUCAUUACUUUAUCUAUUUAAACACGAAUCGAGGUACCUUAAAUUUCAUUUGCAUCUAGUGUAAUUGUUUGAGUUAUUCUUCUAGGACCGAUAAAAAUUAACAAUGAAUUUUAAAGAUAUUAAUCAUGACAAUUUAUUUAUUCAUUAACGUAUAUAUGUAUCAGGGAGAAGUGAUGAGUAAUUAUGCAACGACAUUUCAUCCUACAAAAAUGGUCAUAAGAAAUUCUUUCUCUUCUAAGGGAUUCAAAGAUAAAUUCCUUGGCAACUAUUGGAUUUGCCUGAGUUAAUAAAAAAUCAAUUAUUUACUUCGAUUAACUGAACAGUUAUAAAUUGAGUGCAUCAGUCAAGUAAUGCAUAUUACAUUGAAAGUAAUUGAAACGUCGAAUCGAAACAUAUAUCAUGAAGACUUACGGGAUAUAUCGAAAAGAUAUCGAAUGACUCGAAGGAGAAAAAAAUUGCAAUUGGUAUGUCUGGACAUUUAUUUAAUUACCAUGAAAAAAUCAUAACGAUAAUAGAUUAUGGAAAAGGGAGAUGACUAUAAUUAAGUAGUUGGUAGUUUGAAUUAAUAUGCUUUGUCCCUUGUUUUUAUUGGACUGAUCUACCCGAUUUCAUCGAAUUAUUUUCAUCCCUUAUUAUUAUUUCAGCCUUUUUCAAAUCGGUCCAACAAGUUCAAUGAAAACAAGAGAUUUGCUGUGUAUCAUAUGGACUCUUGAUAACAAAAAAUAUUAUUGGAAUGUAGUCGAUGCAAUUUCAAAGAAUUUUAUUAUCUAUUUUUAGGAUUGAAUCACUAGGUUUUAGUAAAAUGUGUUGGUACAAUUUAUUGAUUGAUUUUAUCUGUGUGCUAUUAGAAAGAACAUUCGUCUUUGAUUUUUUCAGUGAUUAAGUUUCAUAGGCAUUAUUUUUUUAUUUUAAUAAAAAACGGUCUCAUAUUUGCAUUCUAACCGGUGGAUGACGCAGUUAAUGAUUUACAACAUGCUGUACGUCAGAUUUUGAGGCUGUGCAGUCAAUAAAAUGUUUAAAAAUGAA